CAGCGGACGGACUUCCGGUGUCAUCUUGAGCAAACGAUUGGACGUGACGUGAUUUACGUAGCCGAACAUGGCCGUUUGAGCAGCAGCAGCAGUUUGAGUCCUCCUGAUGUUGCCAUGUGAGCUGUGACUGAGAUGGCAAUGGUUCAUGAGAAGAUGGGUAAAACCCCUGUGGUGAAGAAGAAGAAGAAGAAGAAGAAGAGCAACAACAACAACAACAACAACAACAACAACAACAACAAAAGUUCACUAGACUCCAAGAGAGACCAUAAAGUCUACUGUAUUUUGUGUCGCAGGUUAUAUUUGCAAUAUGAGGCACAAGAGCAUAUGCAUAGUAUGCUGCAUCACAGAGAGCUGGAGACCGUGCUGGGCAAGAAUUCAUUUCAUGAAUGUCACGCGUGUAAGGAAUCCUCCAUGGGUUUAAAUGAGUAUGCUCAGCACAUCUCCACCGCUCAACAUAAAGCUAGGUUGAAGAACUUGAUGUGUAGAAACGUAAAGAUCGUCUCUGUGGAGAAGAGUCUGGGUCCAAAGACCGUCAAGCAAAUCAUGAAGAGAAACAAGUUGUUAAAGAAAGUGGAGAGAGAAGCAAAGCUAGCUGAUCAGAAGCAUCUAGGAGUGCCACAAGGAGUUCCCAAAAAACACACAGUGGUGUCCAAAGUAGUGAAGCCAGAUAUAUCCAAACAAGUGAACACGAGCCGACUCAAACAGAUGUGGGGAACCCACCAACAAGGAAGCAACAAUGCUGUUUUUCAAAACAAAGAGAAUAAAGUGUCCAGUCUGCAAAGAACUCCUCAACAAAGAGAAUCAGCUCCGCAGAAUCAAAGUGGAAGAUUUGCUUGUAUGUACGGAGAGCCUUCAGGUCGAGUUUGGCAUCAACCUUAUGCUAAGGCCCAGUUCACGCAAUCAGCUCCCCAGCUGAGGUACAAUCACAACUUUUCUUACUACAAUCAGUGCAGUGAUAUUCCUAUUAGAAGACCACACAACACCCAAGAAGGGUUUACUAAUGUGCCAGAACAUAUAAAAUGGCCUGCCAGCAGCCAGCAUGACCAUUACAACAAGCAGUAUGGUAGUGCAGCAGACUUCACCAGUGAUCACCUGCCUCAGAGAGGUGCCAUCAUAUUUGAUCACAGCCAGAGUAAGAGUACAGGAUCUUCUGAGUCAAGACAAGAAAGCAGAGCCCAACCUGCUUCUGCCAGCGUAGCUCCCAUACGGGAUUCCGACGUCAGUUCGAUGCUACGGCAAAUCAGAAGAGCGCUGGGUUUGAGGGAACCGUGCAGAGCAGAUCGCGAAGCCCGGAGGCAGAACAGUGAGACAGGUGUGCAGUCAGUCAAUCAAGCUGGAACUAAGAAAGGGCAGCCAACAGGUGCCUCCUUCAAAAACUCUGCCAAGGAGGCUGCACAUCACAUCACCUCUGCUGCGACUACACCGGUGCAAUCCUCACUGGUCAGCUCUGCUGCUCCUUCAUCGCAUUCUGCUGUUCAUCCUUCUAGUUCUACUUCUGCUGAGCCAAACAAGACACAAGGGACGGAUGAGCAUUGUGAGAGCACCUCAAGCUUUGCAAGUGACUCAAAUGAAACGCCAAACAACAGGGAGAGAGGAUCUCAGGUGGCCCUCGAUAGCCCGACUUCACUCAGCCGAUUUGCAGGCAAGACCGCAUCCUCUGAGCCCAACCUGAACAUCGCUCGCAGGGUUCGAAUCGCCCACGUACCAGGCAAGGGGAGGAAAGAGGCUGGGCUUAAACCAACCGUCAAUAAGCUGCUCAGCUUAUCAGGGACCAAGAGUAAGUUGAGCUGGAGGGAGAUGAAUGAAGAGAUGAGGAGGAAGAGGCAGGAGAAGGUGAAAGGCAUGCCCAGGUUUGGAAUUGAGUUGCCCAAAAAAAGCUCAGCACAAGCAGAGGACCUUCCUCUGACGGAAGGCUUCCAUUGGGAGUCACUCCCAGGCAGUCCUUUAGUUGACAACUGGACUGGACUACCUCCACUACCUCCUCCACACCAGGACACAACAGAUAACGACUCUCAGACAGAAACACACUCAGAUUCUCAGAUUCAGGAGCAGCCCGGUCAGGCACCGCAAGAUUGCCGCAGUGAGACGGUCGCAGCAGUCCCUUUGAAGGUUGAACCAAACUGGGAGGAUGAAAGUGGAGAUUUAAGAGACCACAGUGCCAAAAAGAGGAAACCAGAAGAAGAAGUGACGCAGGAAAAGGAGACAAAGGGAAAAAAGAAGAAAACAAAGUCAAACAAGGACCAGGACCAAAUGGACCAGCUGCUGGCUGUGUCUCUGAGAGAGGACGAGUUGAGCCACUCAUUACAGGAUUUAGACCAGUCUCUGGUCCAGGCCCGCAACGUCCUGCAGGCUACCUACACAGAGGUCCAAAGACUCCUGCUCGUUAGACAGCAGUAUACAGCCGAGGUCAACAGUCUACGAACCAAGCGCAUUGAGAUCCUGCAGGGGAUGCAAGGAGCUGCUGCCGUGCAACCAAAACUCUCUCCCCUUCCUUCGACUAGUGCCUUCCCCACCUCCUCCAGCCAGCCAAUACCUCCGACAAACCCAGCAUCUUCUAUCAGCCAACCUUACCCAGCCCCCCUUGCCCUGCCUAUCAAGCCAGUAAAGAAAGAAACAUGCCAACCACCUCCAGUUUCCUGUAACCCUGAUAUUUCACAGGUUAUUCCCCUGUUUCCUCCUAAUUUGCUCUCUCCGCUGCUGCUUACAUCGCCACACUUAGCUGCCCCUACAACUGUUGCCUCCCUCAAACAGCUCUGCUCUGCAUCAGCGAACCCUUCUCCUGAAUCACCUGCCAAGCAGCAGGAGCAAGCGACGAGAGAGAGUUUAAAGGACUGUGUAAAGACAGCGAUGUUAGCAAGAGAGGAAGCUGACAGUGAUCCUGAGGAGGAGAUGGGAAAAAAUCUCUGCCCGGCAUCAGAGAAGCCCGCCUCCUCUUUUGUCCCUGAAAGAGACCAAAAUGGUGACGAUGGAGGGAACGAAAGCGACAGCUCAGUCAAAAUGAUGGAGCCCUCCAACCCAGUGAUCAUUGAUAUCGAUAAAUCAGACAACGAGGAGACCGUCUCGACUGUAUCUGUCCAACAGGAGCCUCCUCAGAAGUCUGUCAGUAUGGAGCUCAGCUCUGUGAGCACACAGGUGUUACCACAAAAUGAUGCCGAGAGGAAGUUUCAGCCUAUGCAGCCAGUGAAAAAUGCCAACGAUCCUCCAGAGUGCGUUGAGGCGGUCGAUGAUGAGGAACCAUCCUUGGGAGCUUUUCCGAAUCACACAGGCCCCGUUCAUGGACUCCAAGUUCACAAGGGUCUGUUGUACACUUGUUCAGGAGAUAACACAGCACGAGCCUACAGUCUGACGAGCAGAGAGUGCCAAGCAGUGUUUACAGGUCACACACACAAAAUCAACUGUCUGCUGGUGUCGUCCAUCCCAAAUAUGUCGGAACGCCUGUACACCGGCUCCAGUGACCAAACUAUCCGCUGUCACAGCAUAAAGUCUCAGAAGUGUCUGGAUCAGGUCUCUCUGUCAGACCGGGUGCUGUGUUUGCACGCUGCCUGGAACAUUCUGUUUGCUGGACUCGCCAACGGAUCAGUGGCCAGCUUUGACUUAAAGACUCUGAAGCAGGUGGAUGUGUUUGAGUGCCACGGCCCGCGGGGUGUGAGCUGCCUGGGUACGGCACAGGAGGGCGCCCGACGAGUGCUGCUGGUCGGCUCCUACGACAGCACCAUCAGCGUACGAGACGCCAAAAGCGGCUUGCUGCUGCGCUCGCUGGAGGGUCACACCAAAACUGUCCUCUGUAUGAAGGUGGUGAACGAUCUGGUCUUCAGCGGCUCCAGCGACAUGUCGGUACAUGCCCACAACAUCCACACGGGCGAGUUGAUUCGUAUCUACAAGGGUCACAGUCAUGCCGUCACAUCAAUAGUCAUCUUGGGGAAAGUGAUGGUAACAGCCUGUCUGGAUAAACUGGUCCGAGUUUAUGAGCUACAGUCCCAUGACCGCAUGCAGGUGUACGGGGGUCACAGUGACAUGGUGAUGUGCAUGGCCAUACACAAGAGUGUGAUCUAUACAGGCUGCUAUGACGGCAGUGUUCAAGCUACAAAGCUGAACUUGAUGAAGAACUACCGCUGCUGGUGGCAGAGUUGCACUCUGAUCUUCGGCUUAGCAGAGCAUCUCGUGGAGCACCUCGUUAAAGAUCACACCAACCCCAAUCUGCAGGCGGUCAAAUGUCGCUGGAGGAGCUGCAGCAGUUUUUUUGCCACGCAGCACUUGAUUAGAAAGGAGCUGCCUGAACACAUGCAGAAACACGUGGAGAAAGACAGCGAGGUGCAGCCAUGAUUCGGCAGACCAGGUUGGAGUUUCAUCCACUAAAACACGUCAGCUGAUUUUGUUUGUUUCAGAGUUAUUUUGGAGUUUCAUCCACUAAAACACGACAGCUGAUUUUGUUUGUUUCAGAGUUAUUUUCAGGAUUUUUUUCCAUUAAUUUACAGCAGAAGAACAGUUUUUCUUGUUGUUCUGGCUGUCGAAGUGCUGUUACAUCUCACUGGUCUGCACUGUAUGACUGUCACAGAGAGACGAAACAGGCCACUUGUUGCUCUUUUAAGAUGAUUACUGAUGUCAAGUCUCUAACACUCAGUCAGCCCUGCUGUUAAAACGAUUUUAAUUCUUCAUAUAUUAUUUGCUGUUUAAGUCGUCAGUAAUUAAGAUUUAUUUUGAUUUAUCUGACACAUAAAAACAUCAGAGCAGCUUUUGUGGUGAAGGUAACAUGUUUUAAUGUUGGCUGAAUCUGUCAAGGAAGAGCAGAAAUACAACAGUGCCUGAAACUACUCCACCAAUUUAGUGUCAUGUCAUUUGGUGUGUAUGUUAUGUUUUUUCAAACAUGUUGAGAUUGUUCUCACUUCAGUGUUACAAGGAGAUUUGUACAGGCCUAAUUUGCUGGUUUACUGUAUUAUUUAAAUACAGUUUGGGAAGUAAAUCCAGCGUUUAAAAACCAUAGGCUAAUAUUUAGCAACCUGUACUUUCUGUAUAAAUAAUAAAAGUUUGUUUCAAUACUCA